AUUUUUUAUUUCGUUUGAUAUUUCUUAAAACUGUUCGAAAUUUUCCGUUAUUAAUUCAAAUAUUAUUUUUUACCAGACGAGAAUUUCUCUUUUCAUUGCUAAGCCGGGAAGAAACCUACAUUGUUUAAUCAUGCAAAAGUACUGCUCAACAAGACACCGUUGACCCGUUUCAUCGUCAAUCGUCUGCAAGGAAGGAUAUGCACAAAACCAGAUCGCGCUCGCCAAACAAACACUCAGAGAAAGUCAGUUCAACGCCACAAAAACCGCACGAGGAGCCCGUCUUCCUCAACGUUUACGAUUUACUGCGCCUCAACGAUUUUACGAAAACAGUUGGCUUGGGUGUUUAUCACACGGGCAUCGAAGUGUAUGGAGUCGAAUACGGUUUUACUGGCCGUAGCUCAAGUCGAUCGGGUAUUUUCGAAAUGACGCCACGCAACGACGCCGAACUAAAUGAGUCAUGCUACUUCAACAGAAGCAUACUCUUGGGUGCAACGCAACUCACGCCGGCGCAGGUGAAAGAGGUGAUUAGCCAAUUGGGACGAUGCUACCGAGGACAAUACUAUCAUUUGACCAAUUUCAAUUGCAACCAUUUUUCUAAUGCAUUAGCAGAGUUUUUAUGUGGACAAGGCAUACCGAGCUGGGUGAAUCGAGUGGCGAAUAUCAUUACUCAUGUGCCGAUAUUGAAUCAUCUCUUGCCGAAAGAUGUUAUUAACACGAGAAAUCACGGGCGUAAAGCAUCAGUGCAGCUCACAAGGCCUUCCUAAAUGAUAUA